ACUUCAAAAGAAUCACUCUCACUAGUAAUGAAAACACUAAUCUUCUAAAGUUGUCAAAAACCAAUAAACCUUGUUGGAGUUUUUGGGAAAUUUUAUUUUAUUAGUCAAAAAAUUGUUUUGUACAAUUGUAGUGUAUAUAUUCAUUACUCUUCACUUGAUCUUCAUGAUAUUUUGAUUUAAUUUGUUGUCCUUCUUCUACUCCCAAGUCCCCCCAAGCCAGCCCCUACUUCACCCUUCUAAGUCACUAGUAGGUGGCUCCACCAUGACUUAUACUGUGAUUUCAUUUGAUAUUUCUGAAAUAGACAUCAAUUUCAUUGAUUGAUCAAUCUCUCUUGUGACAUAUUUAAAUUGAAGUUCCAUUGUUAUGUUGAGAAGUUCAGAUCCAAAAAAGAAUGGAAUCUAGAAAGAUGGAAGAAUAUGAAGUUGUAGAACAGAUCGGUAGAGGAGCUUUUGGAGCUGCAUUUCUUGUUCAUCACAAGUUUGAGAAGAAAAAGUAUGUAAUGAAGAAGAUUCGUUUGGCAAAACAAACAGACAAGUUAAAACGCACUGCCCAUCAAGAGGACUCCUUUGUCUGCAUUGUUACAAGCUAUUGUGAAUGUGGAGACAUGGCUGAUAUGAUUAAAAAAGCCAGAGGAACAUUUUUCUCUGAAGAUAGACUUUGCAAAUGGUUGAUACAGUUGUUACUGGCUCUCGAUUACCUUCACUCGAAUCGUGUUCUUCACAGAGAUCUUAAAUGCUCUAACAUUUUCCUUACUAAAGACGACGAAAUCAAACUUGGUGACUUUGGAUUAGCCAAAUUGUUGAAUAAAGAUGAUCUUGCCUCUUCGAUUGUGGGUACUCCAACAUAUAUGUGCCCUGAGCUUCUAGCAGAUAUACCUUAUGGAUAUAAGUCAGACAUAUGGUCUCUAGGUUGUUGUAUGUUUGAAAUUUCUGCCCAUCAAGCUGCAUUUUGUGCUACGGAUAUGGCUGGGUUAAUCAACAAAAUAAACAGGUCUACUAUAUCUCCACUUCCAACCAUAUAUUCUUCUACAUGGAAACGACUGAUUAAAAGCAUGCUAAGAAAAAGCCCAGAACAUAGACCUACGGCUGCAGAGUUGUUAAGGCAUCCACAUUUACAACCAUAUCUUGCUAAAUAUCAGAACUUGUCACCAGCAUUUGUUCAAGUAUGUUGUGAUAAGGAUGUUAUUAAACAGAAUCCUGAUCAAACUCACGAGAAUUCAACUUCCAAGGAUAUUAGACAAGCAAAAAAACACGACAAGGUUGUAGUUGUUCAUGAAUUUAAAGGUAAUACGUGUAUGAUUAAGACUAAACCUGGAGAUUUGGACUAUGAACGACUGCAGAGGAUAUCCGUCAAGAAAAGUGGAAGCACUAAUUCUAUAAGCUCCACAAGAAGUACUUUGACUGAUAAUACAAUUGAAGGUACAAAAUGCUUUUAUAAGAAAUCAGGAAUACCAAAACCACAUAUUGAAGUAACUUCACAUGCCAAUAAAGUUAGAGCUAAUGUCAUUGAUCAUCUAAGUACUAAUGAAAAAUGCGAUGAUCACAAACGAGCAUCGAGUGAUACUUCAGUAAUGAGCAAUGGAAGGGAAGAAGCAUUAGAGUCAUUACUUGAACUUUGUGCAGAGUUACUUAAGCAUAAAAAGCUAGAGGAAUUAGCUGGUGUGCUAAAACCAUUUGGUGAACAAGUUGUUUCUUCUAGAGAAACAGCAAUAUGGUUGACAAAAGGAUUAAUAAAUCUUCAAAAUCCAAGUGAAGAAGCUUAGAGUGCCUCCUAGGUUGUUGAGAUUUUUUUUGUAAUAUACUUACCUCCGUCCCAUUUUAUAUGUCACAUUUCAGAUUUCAAGAAUCAAACAAGUAUAUCUUUGAUCGUAAAUUUUUCAAAAAUCUUUUAAACAUUUUGAAUUAUCAA